AUGCACUGGCCCGAUUUCCUGGCCAAGACCAACUAUCGGAAGCCGCGGGACGACAAGGCGAGUUGUUACAUUGAUACUUUCCCAGAAAAGAAGAGCUUUUUCGAGCGUUGCAGCGCGAACCCCGUGCACCAGGAGAGCUUCUCAUCUUUCAUGGACGUGUGGGCCAAAGGAAAGAGACCGUGGCCGGAGUUCUACGACACCCAAGCACUGCUCGAUGGCGCCGACCUCAGUAAUGGAAGCCCUUUCGUUGUGGACGUUGGCGGACACCACGGCAUCGACUUGAUGCGCGUGGCCGAGAAGCACCCCGAUCUCCCCGCUGGGUCCCUUGUGCUCGAGGACCUGCCCGACGUUGUCGGUGCUGUCCACCUUACCACGGACAAGAUCCGAACUGUGGCGCAUGACCUCUUUGAGGAGGGAGUUGAGCAGCCCAUCAAAGGAGCGCGAGCGUAUUUUAUGCAUGCCGUCCUGCAUGACUGGUCGGAUGAGACAUCCGUCAAGAUUCUUCGGCAGAUUGCCGCUGUGAUGAAGCCCGGCUACUCCAAGGUGCUGAUCAACGACAUUGUGAUCCCAUCGACAGGUGCCAGUUGCUACCAAGCGGCCAUGGACUGUCUUGUGUUGCAGGCUUCAGCUAAUGAAAGAACCGAAGCCGUGUGGAGCAAGGUGAUCAAGGAUGCCGGGCUCAAGCUGGUCAAGUAUUACCCUGAUGGUCGUGGCUACGAGAGCGUGAUUGAGGCAGAGCUGCCAUAG